AAGAAUGGUGGCAUUGACCCAUGAGAAUCAUGCUGCAACGGAGAAUACGAUCCAUACUGGUUUGGAGAGAAUUGUUGAAGGAUGCCGACUUAUGGUGAAGAUGACCACGCAGGAUGAAUACAGGGAUGCAGAGGUGUUGCUGGUUCGCUCUGACCCAUAUCGCUUCUAUGUGCAUUACAUCGAUUGCAACAGAAGACUCGAUGAAUGGGUUGGCCCUGAAAAUCUCAAUCUUGAUUCUUUGCGUAUGCCACAGAAGGGAAAGAAAGGAUCAGUCGUUCAAGCAGUGGAAAGCACAUCGGCAUCAGCGUCACCAGAACGUGAAAUGAGCAAGAAAAGCGCGGCAAUGCGAAAAAGAAAGGCGGCCACCAUGGAUGAGGACAGUCAGGACGGAAUUGGACAGAAUGGAGCCCCAAGCACGCGGGGAUCGAUGUCGAUGGUGGGUCACAGUGAGGAUGCUCUAACAAGAAUCCGCAACAUCGAAAUGAUCGAGUUGGGGAGGCACAGGAUACAGCCUUGGUAUUUUGCGCCUUAUCCGCAGCAGCUUGUACACUUACCAUGUAUUUACAUCUGCGAAUUCUGUUUGAAGUACGUAAAAAGUCAAACGUGCUUGAAAACUCAUAUGAAGAAAUGUUACCUGAAGCAUCCCCCUGGCAAUGAGAUCUAUCGCAAUGAGAAUUUAUCUUUUUUCGAAAUUGACGGAAGGAAGAAUAAGGCCUACGCUCAGAACUUGUGUUUGCUGGCGAAAUUAUUCCUUGAUCACAAGACUCUGUACUACGACACAGAUCCUUUUCUCUUUUAUGUUCUUGCGUUCCUGGAUGACCGCGGAUUCCACAUCGUCGGCUUCUUUUCUAAGGAGAAAGAGUCAGCAGAAGAGUACAAUGUGGCUUGUAUAUUGGUUUUGCCUCCAUACCAGAAGAUGGGUUAUGGGCGAUUGCUGAUAGAGUUCAGUUACGAGCUAUCCAAAGUGGAAGGAAAGACUGGCUCACCGGAAAAACCUCUCUCCGAUCUCGGCUUGUUGUCUUAUCGCAGUUUUUGGUCAGCAACUAUAAUAGAAAAGCUCAUGCGUUUCAAAGAAGAAGAGGUGGCAGCAGGGGAAGAGCGUGCUAUUUCUGUUAUGGAUUUGUCGCAAAUGACAUCGAUCAGAAAAGAAGAUGUCAUUUCCACUUUGCAGCAUCUAAAUCUCUACAAAUACUACCGCGGACAAUAUGUGAUCGUUAUAACCGAUGAGUUAAAGAACGCAUACAAAAGAAUGUGCGAUAAAAUCACUGUACGCAUUGAUCCCACCAAGCUUCGCUGGCAUCCGAAGGACUGGAGCAGAAGAAAGCUUUGAGCCAAACCACAUCUGGUCUAAAUUGCA